GUAUUUCCAUAAUGGCUGAAUUUCCUGAUGUUGGUGCUCAUUGUGCUGUUGUUGAGUGUCGGCAGCUUGACUUCCUCCCAAUCAAGUGCAAUGUUUGCUCAAAUAUCUUUUGCAAACAUCACUAUCCCUACGACUCACAUGACUGUACAAAGGCAUCCAAAAAGGAUCCUAAAGUAACGGUUUGUCCUCUUUGUCGUCAGCCUAUUCCUCUCAAAUAUGGAGAAUCGCCUGAUCUGUUAGUUAGUGAUCAUAUUGACAAGGAUUGUAAGUCUGACAGGAAACGAUGGGCGCCAAAAUGUGGAGUAACUGGCUGUUAUAAACGAGAGCUCAUUAAAAUGGACUGUAAACACUGCGGAAUUCACUUUUGUCUCGGCCAUCGUCAUCCAGUUGAUCAUAAAUGCAAAGAGUCGAAGAAGGGGAACAAAAAGAGAGAAAUUGACACUGACGCCGAGUUGGCCAAAAAAUUGGAUGAAAUAUUAAACUCAAAGCCUUCCAAGCCUAUGGAUGCUGAAGAAUUGAAUUUCUUGUUGGCACAGCAAUUGCAAAUGGAAGAGGAUGAACGGACUAUACUCAACGAACAAGCCCAAAGACGGGUAAACGAAGCUGCGAGAGGAAAUACUUCUUCAAAUUCUAAUUGUACAAUUAACUGA